UACACGGUGAAGUGUGAGAGAGAGAGAGAGAGAUUUGUGUUGAUAAUGUUAUUCGCGUUCUCACCACUGUCAACUAUCAAUUCUAUUAUAUCUGUCUAUUGUUGGCCCAACGCCCUCCAUUCUCACUCACUCCUUUCCCUUUUCCAUUCUUAAAUCUCAUUUUCCCUCUUUCAUAUUGCAGAUCUGUUUCUUCAUCGGUUCUUGAAGUAAAUGGCCUUGGUCACCACUGCUGAAGUAUGUGAUGCAAACCCACAGUUAAUUUUGGGUGGGGAGCUUCGAGCCCUUCAGCCAAUUUUUCAAAUUUAUGGUCGUCGACAGGUUUUUUCUGGACCUAUAGUUACCUUGAAGGUAUUUGAGGACAAUGUUUUGGUUCGCGAGUUCCUUGAAGAGAAAGGCAAUGGAAGGGUGCUUGUUGUUGAUGGAGGUGCGAGCUUACGCUGUGCAAUAUUGGGUGGCAACCCUGUAGUACAAGCACAAAACAAUGGAUGGGCAGGUAUUGUUGUGAAUGGAUGUAUAAGAGAUGUGGACGAGAUCAAUGGUUGUGAUAUUGGGGUCAGAGCUCUAGCUUCUCAUCCAAUGAAAGCCAAUAAGAAAGGUAUGGGAGAAAAGCAUGUUCCCAUAAAUAUUGCUGGGACAAGGAUCUGUGAUGGGGAAUGGCUUUAUGCAGACACAGAUGGCAUUCUGAUCUCUCGAACAGAGCUGUCUGUUUGAUUCCAAUUUAUGAAUACUUCAUGUAAGGACUGUAUUUCGCACCAUGUCCUAGUGUAGAGAAAUGGAUCCUCUCAUAGUGAGUUUUUCAUAUGACCUUUUCAUGUGAAAUUUUGUGUCUAUUUCUCUUUUCAUAAACAUUAAAUAGGUGGGACUCAAUCAAAAUUUGUAAAACCUUAUAAAGAGAUAGAUAGGCACAAAAUGUUCACAUGACAAGGUCAUAGGGAGAUUUAACAUGAGAGAAUCAAUUCCUUCUAGUGCUCUCUAUACUUGUGUUCUUGACCCCGGUUUCCUAGCUUCCAAAAAAUUGUAAGGUUAUUUAUCCCCAUGAUAAUGAAAGUAGGUUGGAGUGUUUUUCCUUUUAUGCCAACUUUAUCUCUGGUUUGAAUUGCUGUCUCGAAAACUUGCCUUUUUUCCCCCAAAAUUGAGUUAAUGGCUGUCUGUUACUAUGUUUGGAGAGA